AAAACUCACCUCUGUAACUUGAAUAACGCAACAUUUUUGUGUAAAAACUCUUUGGUUUCCACAGUAUACCUAUCUCAGUUGUGGAACUUUUGUUUCGAAAAUCAAUAACCAUUGCUUAUCCACACUUACUCUUUCGACUGUCUUCCCUAAUGGAGCCUAGUGACAGCAACAAAAAUGCGAUGAAUGAUGGGAUGACCAGCUAUAGUUACUUCACAAUUCCUUCAACUGCCACAACCGGGUUCAAUUAUCCGGUUCAACCAAUGACUAUGUUUAGUGGAGCACCAUACAAUGCAGCAAUGAUCCCACGGAAGAAUCGUCGCGAACGAACCACUUACAGCCGUCAGCAGUUGGAAAUUUUAGAGACAUUGUUUAACGAAACUCAGUAUCCUGAUGUAUUUGCUCGCGAGAGAGUCGCCGACCAGAUUCGUCUUCAAGAAAGUCGAAUUCAGGUGUGGUUCAAAAACCGACGUGCAAAGUACCGCCUCCAAGAGAAACAAAAACCAAAAAGAAGCAACGAAAAGAGCCAGGAGCACAAAAGUGAAGAUCAACAACAAACAGAUGUUUUGGAUGGGGAGCCCCUGAAAGGAGGCUCGCCUGGUUAUCAGCCACAAAUCAAAAGUGAACUGGAGAGUUGUGACGGCGCAGUGGCCAGCGGUAAGCUAGGCACGCCGAAGAGCAUUUCUCCAGUGGAGACGACCGCAAGCACCACUAGCUCCAAUACAUCUGCUGCAGAGCUGCAAUGGAACGGUGAUCACAAAAUUUUGGGAUUCGGAAAAAAUGAGACAACUACUUCUGCCGCUGUAAGUCCGACAGCCGACAAUGCAUCAACACCAUCCUCUUCAAGCUCAAUCACCGCUACAAGCUCAUUGCCAACAACGUCAUCUUCUUUAUCUGUCUAUAACUAUCCGGCAAUCUAUCCACAAUGGGGACUUGACUACAGUACCUACGCCAAUCCGCAAUACGCUCAAUUCUCGCACAAUCCUUACGCAGGCACCCCGUUCUGGUAUUCAAAUGGAAAUAAUUUGUAAAUUUGAAGUGUCUAGGUACUACUUAAACUAAAACCUAUUUGUAUUCUUAUUUAGCAUUCAUUCGUUUUUGAAGAAAUGUGCAUUCCAUCAUCCCAUCAUCCUUGAAACAUUGUAAUAAAUUGUCAUUUUCAUGUUCCUUUCCUGUAAAUUUAAUUCUGUUUUGUUUUUGAGUUUACUAAACUGAACUACCAGCUCAACUCCAUGCUUGGUUUAAUAACCAAUUUCUUUAAUUUUAAUGUCUCUUCACAAAUCAAGUUUUUCCUCAGAACUUGAUGUUUUUGCAUUCCCAUAACUCCCGUUCACUUUUCAUUAUUUCCUGAUUCAGUCACUAUUCUAUUCAGUGUUUGAUACAAUAAAUCACAUUAUUU